GCCUUGUGUCCCUCUGUUCCCAUCCCUGUCAGCUCGCCUUCAGUUAGUUUAGCAGGCUAAGUAAGGAGAGAGGAGGGCUGUUCCCUUUCGCCUCUGCUCAGUCUGCUGCUCAGCACGCCGUCAACACACAUUCCACACCAUGGCUGCCACGGACGUGGACGUAUUUUCGAAUGAGGAGAAACGUAACCUCAGCCUGGGCGGCCAUGUUGGAUUCGACAGCCUCCCUGACCAACUGGUCAGUAAAUCGGUCACACAGGGUUUUUGCUUCAACAUCCUCUGCGUAGGAGAAACUGGCAUUGGCAAAUCAACAUUAAUGAACACACUGUUUAACACCAUGUUUGAAAAUGAGGAGGCGAGCCACUACCAGAAUGGCGUGUAUCUGCGGCCGCGAACCUACGACCUCCAGGAGAGCAACGUCCACCUCAAACUAACGAUUGUUGAUACCGUUGGGUUUGGUGACCAGAUCAACAAGGAGGACAGUUACAAGCCAAUCGUGGACUACAUCGACACCCAGUUUGAAAACUAUCUGCAGGAGGAGCUGAAAAUCAAACGCUCGCUGUUUAACUACCAUGACACCAGGAUCCACAUCUGCCUUUACUUCAUCGCCCCAACAGGACACUCCCUCAAGUCCCUGGACCUGGUCACAAUGAAGAAACUGGACAGCAAGGUCAAUAUAAUUCCCAUCAUUGCCAAAGCGGACACAAUCUCCAAGAGCGAGCUUCAUAAAUUCAAAAUCAAGAUAAUGAGUGAACUCGUGAGCAACGGCGUCCAGAUCUAUCAGUUCCCGACAGACGAUGAAGCCGUUAGUGAGAUCAAUGCCUCCAUGAACGCCCACCUGCCAUUCGCUGUGGUCGGAAGCGUGGAAGAAGUCAAAGUGGGGAACAAAACGGUGCGGGCCAGACAGUAUCCCUGGGGAGUGGUGCAAGUUGAGAACGAGAGCCACUGUGACUUUGUAAAACUCCGAGAGAUGCUGAUCCGGGUCAACAUGGAGGAUCUGAGGGAGCAGACGCACGCCCGCCACUACGAGCUGUACCGGCGCUGCAAACUGGAGGAGAUGGGCUUUAAAGACACGGACCCAGACAGYCAGCCCUUCAGUCUUCAAGAAACGUACGAAGCCAAGAGGAAAGAGUUCUUAGGGGACCUGCAACGUAAAGAAGAAGAAAUGAGGCAAAUGUUCGUAAACAAAGUAAAAGAAACCGAAGCAGAACUCAAAGAAAAGGAACGAGAGCUCCAUGACAAGUUUGAGCAGCUGAAGCGGAUGCACCAGGAUGAGAAGAGGAAGGUGGAGGAGAAGCGGAGGGAGCUGGAGGACGAGAUGAAUGCCUUCAACAGGAGGAAGGUGGCAUGUGAGACGCUCUCAUCUCAACCCCUCAAGAAAGACAARGACAAGAAAAAUAGGUCGGUGAAGACAGAGAACCAGUCCGGAGUGAGCGCCUCCAGCUCCAAAGUGAUGAUGGCCAAGGCCAGCGUGGAGCCCUUGAACUGCCAGAGCUGGUGGCAGGCCAUACAGUGCUGCACCUGCCUGGUCCACAACGCCGCCUGGAAGCCUGAGGGGGGCGUCUUCUGAUGCCCGGGCUUCACAGGGAUCGCACCGGCAAUCGCCCCGGGGUCCAUGCUGGAACCGAGACCAAAGGACGGAGCCAGGUGGGGAUGGCUGGAGACGAGGAGGGCAUGGAACUGGGAGCAACGAGGAGAAACAAGGCCAAAAUGUUAGCAUUAUGCCAUUUUCAGUCCUUCUUUUGCCACCUCAUUUUGUUUAUYAYUUUAAAAACCCUUUGAUCCAGUCAGCCUAAACUUACAUCUCCUGUCAGUUUACAGUUGGGGAUUUUGUAGUCCUCCCAAAUUGUUUGUAGAGGUUCAGUGUGGAAACUGYUCACCGCGCCCCUUCAGAAAGCUCCCAUUCUGUCUCAUGGCCACCCUGUUUGUUUUGUGUUGUCUGUGCAGUGCUUCUCUGUGUUCGCGAUUGUGUGCAGACAGUAUAAAACCUAACCUUGUUGGGAUCGUAGUGUAAAAAAAAACUAAUUCUCCAUUUGCCCAGUGAGUCACAAACAGCUUGGGUAACAUUUCUUUCAAGCAAAAGGGUUUGGAACUCAUUUGGUUUACAGGAGAGUUUUUGUUUAUCUCAUAUCCUGUCUUUCCKUUAUUAAUACAUUCAUGUUGUGAUAUAGUUUGUCUUUAGCAGAAAUAAGCCAUGUUUUUAAAAGAAAGUGGAAUUGCACUGGGAGGUAAAUUCAGUAUUGUGCCAAAUGAAAUGAAGCUGAACUAAAACUAUCUGAAAAUCCUCCAUUUCUGAUUAAAUAUAAACAUUUUCGAUAGAUUUGGCUUUACAGGAUUCAUCCACACAUGACGGCUGUUCUUCGCCACCAUCCCGCUGAACGGACCUCUGAUUUUAUUUAGAUGCACUUCAACUUUAAUGGCGAAUCUGUGAAUCUCUGUAAAUUUAUCCCCAUCAACGUGUCAUGGUGGAGAGUCUGUGACAAAUUGCUGUUUUGUAGAUAACAGAAAAUAACUGUUCAGUAUUUAAAAAGGGAAUGCAAAGUGAUUUCUUCAGGGCAGAUGUUUACAGUAUCGAUGUGAAAUAUUUAAAAGUUAUUUAAAAUAUAUUUAAAGUAAGAGAGAAAAAAAAUCUUUAUUUUAUUAUAGUUUUGUUAUAUUAUGGCUCUUUAUUUUAGAAGUCCUGGAUUUUGUAUUACCCACAAUAACUCAAAUUCAGAUCCUGACGAUGUAACAGAGGGAGUUUGGAGUUUGGGAGAUGGUUCCGCUUCUCAGUGAAAGGUUUUACGGUUUGUGGCUUUAUGGAAAAAUAUGUCUAAAGAGUUUGCAGACAAAUCCAGCGUUAGUGCUGAAGGAAUGUAGGUUUUCCCUGUUGGAGAAUGAGACUGAAACCAACUGGGAAUGAUAAGGUUGAUUUUGCAGAAGAUGGUAAUCAAGAUUUUUUUAUUAAAAGGAGUCGUCUCAUUGUAGCACAUUGUGGUUACAAACUGGCCUGUGUUCAGAAAGCAUUCAGCAUUGGGCUCAAAGCCGUUGCUCUCUGGGUGAUUUCAGGUGCCUUGCAGAAGURUUCAUAUCCCUUGAACUUCAGCGUCUGUUUUUGGGGUUCUAUGUGAAUGCGCAUGACUGCUUUCAAUGUAAAGUCCAAUAGUGAAGAUGAAGGAAAAUUAUGGGUUGCAAUUACAGCUGUAACUAUGUUAUGCAUCUACCAACUUUGCAAAUCUGACAUGUCUGACCAGCCAGUUUGGUGUCCAGCUAAAAAUGAUCAAAUAGAUUUAGUGUUGGACUGAAUUGGCCGUAGUUUAGGGUUUAUUCAGUUUCAGGUCUGUUGAAGCCUCCGGCUGGUUUUCUUCUAGAAUUGGCCUGUAUUACUCAGUUUCAGUUUUUCCUUCCCCCACUGAAGGAAAAAAGCAGCCCACACCCGGCAUGAUGCUGCCACCUCUAUGUUUCACAGUUUAGACAGAAUGUUGAGGUUGGUGUUCAGGGUUAGAUAUUAGUUUGCA